UAAAACCAAUUUCCAUACUGACGUGUAAGAUUUUUGACAAUUAUGAAGUUGUUGGUAGUUGGUUUGGUCCUCGCCUUAGCUGCGGCUAGCUAUGCUGAAGUCAGUUCUAUUGAAGAACUCAGUGUUUUCAACUACCACAGCAGGGUAGGAAUUCGGGAAGCAGCUAGGAUCAAGAAGCUAGAAGAAGACACCGCCACUUUAGAUCAGAGAAUUAUCGGAGGUUCAAUUACCGACAUCUCCUCUGUUCCGUAUCAGGUCGGAUUAGUAAUUCAAAUCCUCUGGAUCUUAACGUCAGUAUGUGGUGGUUCGCUUAUCAGUAGUAACCGUGUUGUCACUGCAGCCCAUUGCUAUAGCGAUGGCACUAUCACCGCUCAGAGUUUCACUGCAGUUCUUGGAUCCAACACUCUGUUCUCUGGUGGCGUCCGUAUCGUGACCAACGAUAUAGCUGUUCAUCCCCAGUGGAAUCCUGAUACCGCUGCCAAUGAUAUUGCUGUGCUUCGGAUUAGCAGCGUUACCUUUAACAAUGUGAUCCAACCAAUUGCUUUGCCCAGCGGUGCCGAGGUUAGCAAUCUUUUCGUCGACGAAGUUGCACUUGCAUCAGGAUUCGGAAUUACAUCUGACGGAGGUAGCAUCGGUGUGACCCAGCGCCUCAGCUCUGUCGAUCUGACCGUGAUAACAAACGCCGCCUGUGCCGCAGUGUUCGGACCUUUCGUACACUCUUCCAAUGUCUGCACCAGUGGUGUUGGAGGCAUCAGUACAUGCUCUGGUGAUUCUGGCGGUCCCCUAGCUGCUCUUAGUGGCGGCAGAAGAGUUUUGAUCGGUGUGACUUCCUAUGGAGCUGCCGCUGGAUGCUCGCUUGGCUUCCCCGCGGCUUUCGCCCGUGUCACAUCAUACGUGUCUUGGGUCCAAGCUCAAUAAUUUCAAAAUAAGUAUUAAAGUUGUAGUUUAAACUUUUUGAAGCCAUUUCUGAAAAGUUAACCCACCUGGAGCUUUGGCGAACUCCAGGUUCUUUCCCGCCAAAGUGCAACUGAAACGAACAUCGAAAGGUAUAGUGAAUUUAAUAAAAACAAGUUAAUAAUUUAA